UUCAGUUUAAUUUUAAUCAUAACAAAAGAUUUGUGUCCCUUGUAAGGAGGAAUUGUAUUUCAUGAAAAAUGAAUAUUUUACCAAAGAAAAGGUGGCAUGUACGUACUAAGGAAAAUAUUGCUCGUGUACGACGAGAUGAAGCAAACGCUGCAAAAGAAGAAAGAAUCAAACAAGAACGAAUUCAAAAGGCGGAAACUGAAGCUAGAAUUAAUUACCUUCGAGACAAAGCCAGGGAAAAAUAUGAUGGACGAAUAGAGACAUUAAAAACUGAAACAGAUGCCUCUUCUUCAAAAUGGGAUCAUGUUAAUUUCUUUGCAGAACUUGAACAAGGAAAACUUGAUUAUAAUAAACCCAAUGUAGAACAUGAAAAGGAAAAAAAAGAAGAAAGAGAAAAAUAUGAAAAAAAAAUUGGCUAUCUUACAUAUCUGGGACAAGAUACUAAUGAAGCAACAGGUAAGAAAAACUGGUAUGAAGAGUUACCUGAAAGAUUGAGAAACAGAGAAAAGAAUGUGGAAGUACAAGCUAAAAAGAAGACACUGGAUGAUCCUAUUCGUGACAUCAAAAAGUAUUUAAAUAUCAUGGGAGCUGGUUCCAUAGAAAAAUCUUCAAAAAUUAAUAUAGAAUCUGGUAAAAGAAAGAACGAUGAUUCAGACAAAAGUGAUUCAGAUGAUACAAAAUCUUUAAAAAAGCACAAACACAAGAAAUCAAAAAAACAUAAAAAGGAAAAACAUAAAGGUAAAGAAAAACAAAGUAUAGAAAAACCAAAUAUAGAUAUACAAAAAUUAAGAGCAGAAAGAAUGUUAAGAGAACAGGGCGAAAAAUUAAGAACAGAAGCUUUACUGGCUAAAUUAAGAGGAGAUCCAGUUCCAAUAGCAACUCCAAAGUCUCCUCCUAAACCAGCUAUUAAACAGAAAUACAAUUCACAAUUUUUUCCUGAAAUUGCUAGGCAAAAUGCUGAAAGAACCCCUAAUGUACAAUCAAUGAGAGAACAGUAA